AUGCCUGUAACCCACUUCGACGUUCCAGACAAGUACAGAUAUCAGAAUGGCUUCAGCUCAUAUCAUCAGACUGAGGCCAUUGAAGGAGCACUACCGGUGGCUGCCAACGCACCUCAGCAAAAUAGCCAUGGCUUGUACACCGAGAAACUCAGUGGGACCUCAUUCACCGCACCUCGUACUGAGAACCAACAAACCUGGCUCUACCGCAUCCUUCCCUCUGCUUCUCACCAGACCUUUACUACCGUACCGCCCAGUUCGACCUCGGCGCUGGAUACACCAACACCUAGCUUUCAUUCGAAGUUCCACGUCAUACCCAACCAGCUACGUUGGGACCCUUUUGACCUGGAUCCACAAGUGUCAUGGAUACAUUCAUUACAUUUGAUUGGAGGUGCAGGAGAUCCGACCAUGAAAGUCGGACUUGGCAUAUUUGUCUACGCGGCUGGCAAGUCAAUGCCCGAGAAGACUGCCUUCUACAGUGCCGAUGGCGAUUUCUUGAUUGUUCCCCAACAUGGGACUCUUGACAUACAGACCGAGCUCGGGCGGCUGUUGGUGAGACCGAAUGAGAUUUGUGUGAUACCCAGAGGUAUCCGAUACCGCAUCACCCUGCACGAUGACGAAGCGGUCAGGGGUUUUAUACUUGAGCUGUACGAAGGCCACUUUCAACUUCCGGAAUUAGGCCCAAUUGGAUCCAACGGUCUGGCCAAUCAUCGCGAUUUUCAAGUACCCGUUGCUCAUUUCGAAGAGGACUACGACGACACGGAGCAUACCAUUUACAGCAAGUUUGGUGGGAAUCUCUUCUCUGCCACGCAGAACCAUUCGCCUUUCGACGUUGUGGCAUGGCAUGGACUCUACUACCCGUACAAAUAUGACCUUGGUCGAUUCAACACCAUCGGCAGCAUUUCUUACGAUCACCCCGAUCCCAGCAUCUUCACUGUCCUUACCGCACCGUCGCGUGCGCACGGCCCUGGCACCGCGGUUGCCGACUUCGUCAUAUUCCCACCUCGCUGGCUAGUGGCAGAAAACACCUUUCGCCCGCCCUGGUACCAUCGCAAUACUAUGUCUGAGUUCAUGUCGCUAAUCUCAGGCACCUAUGAUGCCAAAGGUGGAGGAAAAGGUGGCUUCCAACCUGCCGGAGCAUCACUACAUAACACCAUGUCCGGGCAUGGACCUGACAUGCAGACUUUUGAGAAGGCCAGUACUACUGAAUUGAAACCCGCUAAGGUCGGUGAGGGAUCGAUGGCGUUCAUGUUUGAGUCGUGCCUCAUGAUGGGCGUGACGGAUUGGGGACUACACACUUGUCAAAAGGUGCAGGAAAAUUAUAACGAGGAGUCCUGGAAACCGCUAAAGGUUCACUUCAAAAGGCCUAAAAAGGAGUUUGUGGUUUCGAAUGGGGAAAAGGAAAAGGGCGUUGGAGAUGGAAAGGACAUGAGCAGUAUUCACGAUGCAAAAUAG